AUGGCUGGUAGACAAGAUGACUCAGGAAGCAAUAAGGACGUGGCGGGAGCGGGAAUGACGUGGGUGAGCCCUGAUUGGCUGACGUCGUUGUUCGAGAAGCUGCGCGGCCCCGACGACUCGGGCAUUCCCGUGGCGGACGCGAAGCUGGACGACGUGAAGGACCUGCUGGGCGGCGCGCUCUUCCUGCCGCUCUUCAAGUGGAUGCUCGAGUCCGGCCCCGUCUACCGGUCAGUCAUGCUCGAGUCCGGCUCCGUCUAUCGGCUGGCAGCGGGGCCGCGCAACUUCGUGAUUAUCGGCGAGCCGGAGGCGGCGAAGCACGUGCUGCGGGGGUACGGCUCGAUAUACGCCAAGGGGCUCGUGGCGGAGGUGGCGGAGUUCCUCUUCGGCUCGGGCUUCGCCAUCGCCGAAGGCGACCUCUGGACCGCGCGGCGGCGCGCAGUGGGCCCGUCGCUGCACAGGCGGUACCUGGAGACGAUGGUGGCGACGGUGUUCGCCAGCAGCACGCAGCACCUCGUGGACAAGCUGCGCGGCAGCGCGGCGCGCGGCGAGGAUGUGAACAUGGAGGCGAUGUUUUCGCAGCUGACGCUGGACGUGAUCGGACUCGCCGUGUUCAACUUCCAGUUCGACUCGCUCUCCACCGACAGCCCGCUCAUCCAGGCCGUCUACACCGCGCUCAAGGAAACCGAGUCGCGCUCCACCGAUAUCCUCCCCUACUGGCAGGUGCGCCCGCGCAUUGCGGUACAGACAGUCCCGCGGCAGCGCAAGGCGGCGGAGGCGGUGAGGGUGAUACGGACGACGGUGGAGGAGCUGGUGGCGCAGUGCAAGUGCAUUGUGGAGGCGGAGAACGAGCGGCGGGGCGACGACGAGGAGUACGUGAACGAGACCGACCCCUCCAUCCUGCGCUUCCUCCUCGCCUCCCGCGAAGAGGUGUCGAGCGUGCAGCUUCGGGACGACCUGCUGUCCAUGCUGGUGGCGGGCCAUGAGACCACUGGCUCCGUGCUCACAUGGACCGUCUACCUCCUCGCCCAGCACCCGGAGAAGAUGGCGAAGGCACAGGAGGAGGCGGAGCGGGUGCUAGCGGGGAAGAGCCAUCCGAGCCUGGCGGACACGAGGGAGCUCAAGUACCUCACCCGCUGCAUCAACGAGUCCAUGCGCCUCUACCCCCACCCCCCGAUCCUCAUUCGGAGGGCGGUGGUGAGCGAUGUGCUGCCAGGAGGGUACAAGGUGCAGCCGGGGCAGGACAUGAUGAUCUCCGUCUACAACAUCCACCAUUCGCCCCAGGUGUGGGAGCGCGCGGAUGAGUUCAUGCCGGAGCGCUUUGACCUGGAUGCGCCCGUGCCCAACGAGGUCAACACCGACUACAGGUACAUCCCGUUCAGCGGCGGCCCGCGCAAGUGCAUAGGGGACCAGUUUGCGAUGCUGGAGGCCAUCUGUGCGCUGUCCGUGCUCGUCCGCGAGUUUGACUUCGCGCUCGUGCCCAACCAGGACAUCAGCAUGACCACCGGCGCCACCAUCCAUACCAAGAAUGUACGCAUGCUGCAUUCUGUUACUGCACCUUGCUGCACCUACCUACACUUUCUGCAGCUCCUCACCAUUCUUGUACAAAAUCUGUUCAUAACGCGAGGCCCGCGCGCCAUGGCGGGUGAGCGAGAGGGAGUGCCGUCGGAUUUGGAACAGCGGCUGCAACGCGCGUGGAUGCACGUGCAGCUCAAGACGUGCCGCAUCGUGCAAGAUCAUCCGUGCGGCGGCCACCAAGGGGCGCACACACACUCGCACGGCGGCAACACGCGCGGCGGCGGUCAGCAGCAGCCGUCGCUACCGCCGCCGCAACGCACGGCGCGGGAUCUGACGGCGACGUUGCAGCAGCUGUGGGGCAACACGCAGGAGCCGCUCGUUCCGCCCUCCGACCCCCGCCAGCCCGCCCCGCAGCCGCGACCUACGCCGCAGCCGAUUUCCUAUCCCUGCUCCCUCCCGCCCGCCACCUCUGGCGCCUCGUCGCAGGGCGAUCGCACAGCGUCGCCCGGGCCGUCCGCGAGCUCGUCCUCGUCGCACUCCAAUGGCCUCACGCCACGUCAGCACGCACAGCCGGCGGCCGUGCCUCUAAACUCCGCGGGCCAGCCCUGCCAGCAGCUCUCCCCGUCCCCCUCCACCUCUGGGCAGCCCAGCCCCGGCAGCUCCCCCGCGCCGUGCGCCUUCGUGCCGGGGCAGGCGGGCGGCGGCAGCGGGGGCGUGUGGCCGCGGCACGGGCCGAACUCGGUGGCGGAGCAGCUGCGCGAGCUGAGCGCGGCGGAGUGGCUGGCGCGCGUGCAGCAGGUGGAGCCGGUGCAGCUGGGCGCGGAGUACAUGGAGGCGGACUUCUUCCGCGGACUGGACGAACUCACCUUCGCCUUCGACGAGAUGGAGUCGCUCCUCCCCCACGACCUCAACCCCGCCUUCCUCUCCGCCCCGCCUGGCGCCUUUCACGGCGCACCAGGGGACGCAGGCAUGGGCAUGGACAUGGGCGGGGCAAUGGGGAUGGGGGUGGGGAUGGGCGAGGAGGAGCUGUUGGGGAUGGCGGUGGACCGAAUGGUGGCCGCUCCCCAGGGCAUGGCGCCCGCGCAUCCCCCCAUGCCGCCCGCCUUCCCUGGCGCGCCCCCCAGCAGUUGCGCCAGGGAUGGCGGGCAGGGCGCAGGGCAACAGGGCGGGGGAGUUGAGGGGACGGGAAGCGCGAGGUCGGGGGAGAGCCAGGGGCGCGCGGAUAGCCAAGGGCGCGCGGAGGAACUGAUGGCGCAGAUGCAGAGGGCGGCGCUUAACAGCCCGAACGACUCCCAGGAGGGGUGGCAGCAAGGGGGCCAGCAGCAGGUGGGGCAGCAGGGGGAGCAGGCGAUGCAGCAGGCGCAGCAUGGAGUGCAGACGGCGGCAGGAGGAGGAGGAGCAGGCAGCAGCAGUGGCGGCACGGGCACGGGCACGGGGCGGUCGACGGUGAUUCAGAUGCUGCUAGACAUCGCCAAGGCCAUUGUGUCCGGCGACCAUCUCCGCGUGCACGUGUUGGUGGAGCGGCUAACAGCAGUAGCAUCAGUGUACGGGGACGCCACACAGCGAUUGUCCGCCUACUUCCUCGAGGGGCUGCUGGCCCGCGCCUCCGGCACGGCGCCCACAGGCCCCGGCUGCCCCGGCAGUGACGGCGCGGGGGCAGCGGGCGCGCUGGGCAUCUACCGCUCCAUCGACUGCGAUGCCCCGCUGCUGCGCGCCUUUGAGGUGCUGGUGAGUGCGUCACCGUACCUGACGUUUGGGCACGUGGCGUGCAACAGCGCGAUACUGGAGGCGAUACAGGGAGCGCGCAAGGUGCACAUAGUGGACUUCGGGCUGGGCCACGCCGUGCAGUGGCCGCCACUCAUCCAGGCGCUGGCCGUGCUGCCGGGGGGCCCACCGCACCUGCGCAUCACGGGCAUCGACCGCCCCUUCGUGGCCGGCAUCCACAAGGGCUACUGCCUCCGCCAGGCCGGCCAGCGCCUCCGCGUGCGUCUCCCCAUCUCUCGCUCUCUCUCCCCACCAACCAACCGCCCGCUUUCUCCUUCUUUCACUCCCUCUCCCGUUCGUCUUUCCUUUCCCUUUCAUGUUUCCACCAUCAAGUUUUUCUCCCUUUUCACCUCCUCUAUCGUUCCUAGCACACCCACAAGAGCGCUGCAGAAAGUGGCGCAGAGCUGGGGGGUGCCGUUCACGUUCAACUUCAUCCCCAUAAACCUGCCGGACCUGCAGCCAUCCAUGGUGCGCUGUGAGGCGGACGAGGUGCUCGUGGUGAACUGUGCGCUGCGCCUGCACAACCUCAUGGACGAGUCCGUCACUCCCUCCAACCCGCGCGCCGCCGUGCUGCGCACCAUGCGCACGCUGGCGCCCGCCGUGACGACACUGGUGGAGCAGAACACGAACCACAACUCGCCCUUCUUCCUCAGCCGCUUCCUCGAGGCGCUGCACUACUACGCGUCCAUCUUUGACGCCCUCGACGCCUCCGUGCCCGCGGACUCGACGGAGCGGCGGCUGUUUGAGCAGCGCGUGCUGGGGCGCGCCAUCGUGAACGUGGUGGCGUGUGAGGGGCAGGACCGCACGGAGCGGCAGGAGCCGCUGGGGCAGUGGGAGCGCCGCGUGCACCGCGCUGGGUUCGUGGGGUACCCGCUCAGCCGUGAGGUCGUGGCCACCGCCACCGCCCUGCUCUCCACGUGA